AUGUGAUUUGAUCAGCUACUAUCUUAAGUAUCCAACUAAAAUGCCUCACCUCAUAUUGUGGUUCAUCAUAAGUGCCGUUUUAUAUAGUUUUUCGAUUAUUUGUAAAGCAGAAUGUGAGAUAAAUCCAUUCAUAGAUAAGCAUCCUUUAAUGAUGAAUUUUGAAAUGACCAGCUUCAUCUAUCCAAACAAUGAAGAUAAAACUGUAGUAAUAAAGUCUGGAGACACUUAUGUAUUUGUUUGCCCUGGACAGAAAGUUGUACUCAACUCAACUGAAACUGAAACAAUAGUUGAAGCAAAAUGUCAAGUAAACUCCUUGUUUGAAAUUGAAGAUAUGACAUACACAUGGGAUCAAAUAAGUUGUACUGGAGGUCCUGUUGCCGUAGGAAGAUAUGUGGAUACUGUUUGUGGUAUCAACGCCAAAUCAGCUGAAAUUGGUUUUGCCAUGGAAGAUAAUGGAUUCAUAAGAACAAUUAAUUUAUGUUUCGAUGUACAAAAGCAAGAAGCAUUGUAUUCUCAUUAUAAUAUUACGGCUUCAAUAGGCUUCCAUCAAAGUGCAGUACCUCGACCAUCGUUUCAUGAAGAUCAAGAUUUUUAUGAUGUAGGAGGUUACAGUGUUAAGCAUCUCUACUUGAGAGACAUACAAAGAUCGACUAUAAAUGGUUUGGUUGGGUUGCCACUGACGUCUACUAAGUACAUUGAUAAUAAUCAAUCUUACGUUCUAUCCAAGGGUCAUCUUGCUGCUAAGGGAGAUUUUGUAUAUGCAGCUGAGCAAAUUUCGACAUUUAGGUAUACAAAUGUUGCACCCCAAUGGGAAACAUUCAACGGCAAUAAUUGGGCCAGUACGGAAAGAGAUGCCAGAGCUUACGCCCAAUCUAAUAAAAUAGAUCUUCAAAUUUGGACAGGCACUUUUGGCAUAACAAGUUUACCCCAUGAAGAAACUGGAGAAGACGUCGAACUUUAUUUAUAUACUGAUACAAAUACUCACGCAAUACCAGUUCCAGCUAUUUACUGGAAACUAGUUUACAAUCCAAUCAAUACAAGAGGGAUUGUCCUCAUUGGUUUGAAUAAUCCUUACGAAAAUGAUGUGGAAAAAUAUAUUUACUGUCCAGAUGUUUCGGAUCAAGUGAACUGGUUGCAUUGGAAAAAGGAUGACAUACAAUCAGGUUAUUCAUAUGCGUGUACUGUUGAUGAUUUCCGAAAGGUUGUAACUUAUGUACCUAACCUGAGUAUAUCUGGAUUAUUGGUUUGAUUGUUUUCAUUUUCAUAUCUAAUUUUAUAUCUAGACUCCAUUGAAUUUUCUGGUAGCAUUAUCAUAUACUAUAUUUGGGAAUAUUAAAAUAUAAAAAUUAAUUAUCAUUAAUAUGAGACAAAAUAGAUGUAUUCAGGACUAUUUGGGAAUUGUAUUUGGCUCACCGUAUAUUCGGGUUUUUUUUAUAAUAUUUUUAUUUUUUAUUAGUAUUAGUAGAGUGCGCUACAGAAAUAAUAUCUGAUGGUUGCAUGAAAUAAAAGCAUAAUGUAAAUAUAUGGAUACUAGCUGACAAGGCAAAAGGUUUUGCCGUACAUAUAAUUUUUAGGAAAUGUUAAAAAUAACUAACACUAUAAUUGUGUGGGGAUAUAAUUAUAAUUGAAAUAGGAAUUAACCGAUAAUCAGGUAGUGUUACGUUUGUUGCACUUCUUCUGAUGACCCACACAUGGACGAAAAUACGAGAACUUCUUGUUCAAAUUACGUAUGGCUACUUUGGAAUGAGCAUAAUAACAUCAAACUUAUACUGGAAUGCUAGUUGAAGGAAUUAAUCAGAUUCAAAUGCUAGAAGUUGGCGUUGAUAAAUUGCUCUACGUCUGUUGACUACGGAUCUGGGCGCUUCUCUUCGUUUUGAUUGUAUUUUUGUAUAACUCAAGAUUUGAUUAUUCGACGACUCAAAUUGGCCUUCGCGUCUUGCUAGUAUUGAUGACAUAUAAAUAAAUCAAGUUGAAAUACUUA